UUUUUUUCUUUUCUUGUUCUUUGUUCUUUGGCUCACUCCCUCUUCAUCAUGUACGACGACUACUACGAUGAGAACAUUGAGGUGCGGUCCGAGCCCGAGCACCAUGUUCACCAGCAAAGUCACGCCGAGGAGUACGAGGAGGUGAUCACGCAGGAAGACACCUGGGUCGUCAUUCGCUCCUUCUUCAAGAACAAGGGCCUGGUCCGUCAGCAGCUCGACUCGUUCGACGACUUUAUCUCGCUCACCAUUCCCGAGCUCAUCAGCGAGCAAGGCACCCUCGAGCUCAAGGUCGAGCGACAGUUUUUGGAUGCCGACGAGGUCGCCCCUCCCCGCUACGUCGUGAGCUUUGACAACAUUUUCAUUUCACAUCCCACCAUCACGGAAAGCGAUGGUUACAACCACGCCCUCUUCCCGAACGAAGCACGAUUGCGAAACUUGACCUAUGCGUGCCGAUUGUACGUCAAUCUCAAGCGCGAAAUGUUCCGAUACGACGAGAAUGGCGUCGAGGAGCCACCGGAAGUCAAGAUCUUGGACAAGGUGUAUCUCGGCCAAAUCCCAAUGAUGCUGCGCUCAAAGAACUGCGCGCUCUUCAACAAGAAGGAUUAUGAGCUCGAAAAGAUGAACGAGUGCCCGUACGACCAAGGCGGCUACUUUGUGAUUAACGGCUCUGAGAAAGUGCUGAUCGCCCAGGAGCGCAUGGCCAACAACAAUGUGUACGUCUUCCAUCGCAAGCCCCCGGCCAAGUACUCGUACGUGGCUGAAAUCCGCUCGGCGCUCGAAACGGGCCACCGCCCUGCCAAUACGCUGUACACCAAGAUGCUCACGCGUGGACAGAGCAAGGGCGAGUCUGCUGGCAACCGCAUUCAGUGCACCCUGCCCUACAUCAAGACCGACAUCCCCAUUGUCGUCGUCUUCCGCGCACUCGGCUUUGUGUCGGACCGCGAUGUGCUCGACCACGUCAUUUACGACUACCAGGACCAAGAGAUGAUGGAAAUGCUCCGCUUUUCGCUGGAAGAAGCGCUGCCUAUUCAGGAGCAGCCAGUGGCGCUCGAUUUUAUUGGCAAGCGUGGUUUGGUACAGGGCGCGACGCGCGAAAACCGCAUUCGCUACGCCAAGGAGAUUCUGCAAAAAGAGCUGCUGCCCCACGUCGGCGUGACGGACCACUCGGAAACCAAGAAGGCCUACUUUUUCGGUUACAUUGUCCACCGUCUGCUGCAGGCCGCACUGGGCCGUCGUGAACUCGACGAUCGCGAUCAUUACGGCAACAAGCGCUGCGACUUGGCUGGCGCUCUUGUUGGCGGCCUCUUCCGCCUCCUCUUCCGCAAGCUCAUCAAGGACGUCAAGGCCUCCCUCCAAAAGGACGUCGACAAGCGUCACGAGUUCAAUCUCCUUGCGGCCUUCAAGGCCAAGAUUAUUUCAGAUGGUCUGCGGUAUUCUCUGGCCACAGGCAACUGGGGCGACGCCAAGAAGGCGCACGAGUCACGCGCGGGCGUCUCCCAAGUGCUCAACCGUCUGACGUAUGCGUCCACCUUGUCACACUUGCGUCGCCUCAACUCGCCCAUCGGUCGCGAGGGCAAGCUUGCCAAGCCGCGUCAGCUCCAAAACACGCAAUGGGGUGUCAUGUGCCCUGCCGAGACGCCCGAAGGCCAGGCAUGCGGCCUUGUCAAGAACCUGGCGCUCAUGGCGUACAUUUCCGUGGGUUCGCCUGCGCUGCACAUUAUCGAGUUCCUCGAAGAGUGGGCCACUGAAAACCUCGAAGAGACGACGCCGCAGAGCAUCUUGCAGUCGACCAAGAUCUUUGUCAACGGCUGCUGGGUCGGCAUUCACGCGCAGGCGAACGAGCUGGUGCGCACGCUGGCCCAGCUCCGCCAGCGCACGGAUAUUAGUCCCGAAAUCUCCAUCGUGCCGGACAUUCGCGAGCGCGAGCUGCGCAUCUACUCUGAUGCCGGUCGUGCCAUGCGCCCCCUGUUUGUCGUCGAAGACGAGCGUCUUAGCAUUCGUCGCGAGCACAUUGACGCGCUCAAGCAGGCCGCUCAGGCCGACCGUGCUGGCGAGCACAUUGACAACCCCAUGCGCUGGCCCGAGCUCAUCACCACCGGCGUUAUCGAGUAUAUCGACACCCAGGAAGAGGAGACGCGCAUGAUUGCCAUGCAUCCCGAGGAUUUGGACUAUGCCCGUCGUGAGGGCCGCGGCGCGUACUGCUCCACGCACACGCACUGCGAAAUCAACCCGGCCAUGAUUCUCGGCGUGUGCGCCUCCAUCAUUCCUUUCCCGGAUCACAACCAGUCGCCGCGUAACUGCUACCAAUCAGCCAUGGGCAAGCAAGCCAUGGGUGUGUACAUUAGCAACUUCCAAGUGCGCCUGGACACCAUGUCGCACACGCUCUACUAUCCCCAAAAGCCCCUGACCACCACGCGCUCGAUGGAGUACCUGCACUUUGACUCGCUGCCUGCUGGCAUGAACGCGAUCGUUGCCAUUUCCGUCUACUCUGGCUACAACCAGGAAGAUUCCGUCGUCAUGAACCAGUCGGCAAUCGACCGUGGCUUGUUCCGCUCGCUCUUUUACCGCUCGUACAAGGACGAAGUCAAGCCUGCCGGCCUCGAUGUCGGCGAUGAAGAGUUUGAAAAGCCGUCGUUGGAGAUUGUCGCCGGCAUGCGUCACUCGUCCUACGACAAGCUGGACGCGGACGGUCUUGUUGCGCCCGGCACCCGCGUGAGUGGCGAUGACUUUAUCAUUGGCAAGACCACUCCCAUCCCCGAUGAAAAGAACGAGCUGGCGCAGACCAUGAAGCGCUACCGCAAGCGCGACGCCUCCACCGCCCUUCGUUCGACCGAAAACGGCAUUGUCGACACGGUCAUGCUGUCGGUGAACGAGGACGGUCACCGCUUCGUCAAGGUCCGCGUCCGUGGCAUUCGUAUUCCGCAGAUUGGCGACAAGUUUGCCUCGCGCCACGGUCAGAAGGGUACCUGCGGCAUCACCUACCGUCAAGAGGACAUGCCGUACAACGCGGAGGGCAUCACGCCCGACAUUAUCAUCAACCCGCACGCCAUUCCAUCGCGUAUGACCAUCGGUCACUUGAUUGAGUGUCUGCAGGGCAAGGUUGCUGCGCUCACCGGCAAAAUUGGUGACGCCACCCCGUUCAACACUGACGUGACGGUCAAGAGCAUUGCCGAUCUCCUCAAAGAGUUCCGCUACCACCCUUACGGCAACGAGGUGCUCUUCAACGGCCACACUGGCAAGAAGAUGAACACGCAAGUGUACUUUGGCCCGACCUACUACCAGCGCCUCAAGCACAUGGUCGACGACAAGAUUCACUCGCGUCAGCGCGGUCCGCUCACCAACCUGACUCGCCAGCCCGUCGAGGGUCGUGCGCGUGACGGCGGUCUGCGUUUCGGUGAGAUGGAGCGUGAUUGUCUUCACGGCGACGCACGCGUGACCCUCGCCACUGGCGUGUCCAUGCGCAUCCGCGACCUUGUGCACCUGCCCGAGGUGCUGGCGCGUGGCGACAACCUCACGCUGGUCCCCAUCGCCCCGUCCGCGCACCUGCCUCGCCCCAAGCUGAAGGACUGCAUCCGUCUCGUGUUUAGCGACGGACGCGACCUUGUGUGCACACCCGAGCAUCUUGUUCUGACGGCCGACGGCGAAUGGGUUCACGCUCGCGCGCUGGUGCCCGGAGAAACCCGCGUCACGGUCGGGCUGUGCGCGCCCGAAUAUUCGGCGAGCGCCGAUGACGCGGCGGCCGUCUCCGCUUUCGCGCUGCACCUGCCACGCGUUGGUGCGACGCUGCGCAUGGGUGACGCGCAGGAGGUUGCACGCACUCAUGCUUUCGCUCGCGUGCUCGGCUACUUUUUCACAAACCUUGGCUCCAUGAGCUACAGCGCCGCCAAUGACUUUUAUGACGGCUGCCUGGCGCUUGGCCACCGCAUCGACGCCGAGCGCGCUGUGGCCGAUGUGCUGCAGGCCACCGGACUCAAGUGUCAGGUCGAGGCUCCGAACGCCACCUCCAAGCUCUUUUCAGUCUGGCUGCCGUCGGACCUGCUGCGCGAUUGCCACCAAGUGCUGCACAUACAGCCUGGCAAGCGUGUGCUGCAGGCCGACUCGCUGCCUGCCUUCAUCCUGGCCGACUCGUGUCCGCUGUCGGUGGUACGCGAGUUCCUGGGCGGCCUCUUUGGCGGCGACGGCCUGGCGCCACAGCCCAUGGCGCACGGCUGGCAUUCGGUGGGCUUUGCGAUGAGCAAGGUCGAGGCGCACGCGGCCUCGCUGCGCGCGACCUUCGACCAGAUCGCUGCUCUGCUUGCGCGCUUUGGCAUCAACGGCGCGACGCAGGAGACUCUUGUGGACGUCACCAACAAGCACCCCGAAGCUGGUGCCACGGUGCUCUCCGGCCGCCUGAUGUUGCCCGUUGAGCAGUUGGUCGCGUUCCAGGAGCGAGUUGGCUUCCGUCUGUGCUGCCACAAGCAGCAGCGCUCCUCGGUCGCCGCCUCCUUCUACCGCGCGUGCGCGUAUUCGCAGGAGCAGCGUCGCCAGUUUAUCGCUCGCGUGGAUGCGCUGACGGGCUACACCGCUGCGUCUGUCCCUGCGGGCGGCAAGCGCAAGCGCCUCCUCAUGACGCUGCAGGCUGCCUACGCUCAGACUGUGCAAGAGUUCGAGGCCGCCGAGAUCUUUAUUCGCCGCGAGCACGCCGUGCCGAGCUACCAGGCCGUCAAGGAUGCGCUCAAGGGCGUGUCUGAGGUGACGAAGGUCGUGCCACGGCUCUGGCUGCAGCAGCACGACGCCGCCGCCUUCUUUACCGAGUCCACGCUCGAUCAAAGCUCUGUCGUGUCCGCGGUCGCUCACCGCCUCGACGGCUUCCCCACUUGGAGCGCGACCUUCAUGGGCUCCAAGCCCGCGGGCAGCCACCUCACCUUCGACAUCAGCGUGCCCGGCGCGCACAACUUUAUCGCCAACGGCGUCGCCGUCCACAAUUGCAUGAUUGCCCACGGUGCCGCCCAAUUCCUCCGCGAGCGUCUGUUUGAGCAGUCUGACUUUUCGCGCGUCCACGUCUGCGACAUUUGCGGUCUUAUUGCGAUUGCUAAUCUGAAGAAGAAUGAGUUUGAAUGUCGCGCUUGUCGCAACAAGACACAGAUUUCGCAAAUCUUCUUGCCAUAUGCAGCCAAGCUGCUCUUCCAAGAACUCAUGUCCAUGAGCAUUGCGCCACGAUUGAUGCCGAGGACUGGCGGCCGAGUCCGAAGAGGAUGAGCGCUGUUAUUGUUUGUCUUUUUUUCGAUUCGUGUUCCUCUUGUGUCCCAAUUCAAUCUGUACGAGUAGCAUUUCGUCCAA